GUCUUCCUUUUCCAGAUUCCUCAUUCUGAACGCCACGAAAUCAAUGACGCGCAAACGAAAACGAAGUUCGCGACAUUAUUAGCAACAUAGAAACAAAUCUGACGUUUGCGCUCUUUAUUCAUUCAUUCAUUCAUUCAUUCAUUUGGAACAAGUGUACUUUUUUUUUCUCUCGAACUGCUUUUUGUGUAUUUGGAGCAUAGUACACGGGCUGGGUGUUUGUGUAACUUCUAGUGAUAACUGCGCGUUUAAAUAUUCGUAUACAUUUUUGGCGAUGUCGAACAGUUCAUUAGACGCGGUGAAGCGGAAGAUCCAGUCGCUGCAGCAACAGGCGGAUGAUGCGGAGGACAGAGCGCAGUUUCUGCACAGAGAACUGGACAAUGAACGAGAUCUGCGGGAGAAAGCAGAAGGUGAUGUUGCCGCGCUGAACCGCAGAAUCCAACUAGUUGAAGAGGAACUGGAUCGAGCUCAGGAGAGACUGGCUACGGCACUACAGAAACUAGAGGAAGCAGAGAAAGCAGCGGAUGAGAGCGAGAGAGGAAUAAAGGUUAUUGAGAAUCGUGCGAUGAAAGAUGAAGAAAAGAUGGAAAUCCAGGAAAUGCAACUGAAAGAGGCCAAACACAUCGCUGAGGAGGCAGACCGCAAAUACGAGGAGGUGGCUCGUAAACUGGUGAUUUUGGAGGGUGAACUGGAGAGAGCAGAAGAGAGAGCGGAGAUUUCUGAACUUAAAGGCGGAGAUCUGGAAGAAGAACUGAAAAAUGUAACUAAUAACCUAAAAUCUUUAGAAGCCCAAUCAGACAAGUAUUCAGAGAAAGAGGACAAAUACGAAGAGGAAAUCAAAGUUCUCGCUGAUAAACUGAAAGAGGCUGAGACCCGUGCUGAGUUUGCAGAAAGAACGGUGGCCAAACUGGAAAAGACCAUCGAUGACCUGGAAGAGUGUCUUGCUCAGGCAAAACAGCAGAAUCUGGAGAUGAAUCAAGUUCUGGAUCAAACACUUCAAGAGCUCAACAGCUUGUGAACGUACAAGAAGAGAAAUCCACAAAAAGAACCAUUUCAGUCGUCAAUCAUUCCAACAGUGUUUUAUGUUUAGAUGUCAUGUGUUUAUGUUUUGUAUGUUAAAAGUUAUGUCAUUUCCAACUAUUGUGUUCUAUAUUUUUGCAUCAUUUCCUAAUGAUUUCUGUAUGCACCUAUAUUGUUCAUUAAAUAAAGUCCUGUGCCAUCAUUUGUCUAGUUUACAGGAACGUUCCAGGUUAAAUACAAGUUAAUCACUAUCGACAGCAUCUGUAGCAUGAGUUUAAGUUGUAUUUAAUGCAGAAAAUUCCUUUGGAUUUAGUACAGUUUUCUGUUUUUUUUUUUUUUAUUAGAUUAAUAUUUCAAGUUUAUUUGCCAUUAUUGCAUGUAAAAUCAUUUCCCUUUUUAUAACUACAUAC